UUACUUCCAUGGGUUUGCACAGUCCUUUGCAAAAACGUUGAAUUUGGAUCAAAGGAGAGGCUUGAGUCAUUGAGGGUGAUGCUCAUACGCUGCCCUCAUGUUGCAGGAGGUAGAUGCUGUGGGCAUACUGGACAGCCAAAGCUUCGAGGACAGCGCAGCUUCGAGCAAACCCAUUGAAGGUUGUGACUUGCAGAGCAUUCCCUUCAUGCUCGAAUUCCUUCCUGCCUCCAGUCGCAGGUGCCUGUGCCGCUGCGAGCAUCAAGCUGUGCAGAAGCAUGUGGAGCCUCGCCUAAGAGAGGUGAGGCAGAAGCUUGCAGCUGACCUGGAGAGAUGGGAGACUGAAUUCCGCAACGCCUACAAUGCGUGUACAGUCGAACUUUUGUUUGGCCUUGCAUGCAGCACGGUGCUUUGGCGGAAGCCGUCUCUAUGUUUGCUGGUCUUCCCUGUCAUUGGUUCGGCCGCUGGCUUUGCCAGUCUGGCUGGCAUGCUCCCCUGUGGCCUCAGGAGACUUUUGGCCCAGCGUCGAGUGAAAUGCUUUCCGCAUGGCACAAAGUCAUCCUGGGACGAAGGCAUCGAAGACAUCGAAGGCAGCGAAGGUCGAAUCGAAGGUUCAUGACCUCGUGUGGAUCUCCCUAAGAUCCUAAGGCCCGAAGCAGUCAAAGUCAAAAGAAUGAAUCGGCGGAGAGUUUGG